AGAAGCAGAAGCACCAUAGAAGCAGAAGCAGGACUAUUCUUUUUGCCUACUCGGAAAUUACGAUACGAAACGUUGACCCUUCUGAACAAAUACUGAGUCAGGCGGGGCCCUACUAUUCGAUUCAUAUCGCGUGAUUUCUGUAUUAGUGUAGAAGAAGCGAAACAAAAAUCGACGUUGCGAACGGACGGAGAUUAGGUCGAUCCGCUCAUACUUACAUUUCUAGCACGCUGUGGUUUUCUGUCAAAUUGCUAAAGAUAACAACACAUGGAGAAUGGGUCCCGAGCCACAUGGUAGGAACAUACGAUGCGUACUUUGUAAAAGUUCAAAGGAAAAUCUGACAACUGGACCAUUAUCGACGAAAGAUUCUGUCACCGCUCAUCAGAACUGCUUGCUUUAUUCAUCCGGGGUUAUUUGCCAGAACUCGCCAGAGUUUGACGACUUGUUUGGUUUCACUGUAAAAGAUGUCCAGAAUGAGAUGAGGAGGGGAAACCGACUGAUUUGCUACAGGUGUAAGAGGAAGGGUGCCACGGUGGGGUGUGAGGUGAAACGCUGUCAGAAGUCCUACCAUUACCCCUGUGCUGUGGAAGACGGGGCCCACAAAGUCGAAGACCGUAUUGAAGGGAAGUAUACGGUGUACUGUCAGAAGCAUAAUCCAGAGUUAGGAGCAUCCAAUGGUACAUCUUUGUCCUGCAACGGUGAUUCAGACACAGAGAAGAACAACAAUGGAGAAAUGUCAUCCAAGCUGUUUUGUGUCAUCUGUGAAAAGAAAGAGGAGAGCGUCAGUCUAGAACACAUCGACAGUGGCAUUUUCAAGUUGUAUUGUGAAAAGCAUAAACCACUGUCGUUGCAGAAAGAGCUGAAUGGACCCUCAUCUUGCAAGAGUGACUACAACACACCUGAAAACCAACGGCAGACACAAACACCCAAGAGACUGUUGAACUCCUCUAGCAAACGGGAAGUGACAUCAUCAAGAAAGUCCAAACACAGGAGGAUAAUGGAUAACUCCUCAGACUCAGAUGGAGAUGUGAAUAGGAUUGAUAUGGAGUUUUCCCCUCUGGAGUCCAAUCUAGAAGACCUUGUCAACUCUGAACACAGUAAUCAUGCUGAGACCCCCAUAGCUUCCACCACAGGAAAUCAGCCAGCACCUGAAGAUGGGGACUGUACAUUAAUCGACUCCGAUGCUGGGUCCCAGAGUCUUUUGCUACCAGUGAUGCUGUGUGUUGCAUCUGAAGAACCCUCUCAGGCCACAGUGUGCAGUUCUGAGUCUUGUCAAGGUUUUGUUCCGCACUCACCUGGUUCACCACAAGGCAGCUCUCGCUCACCUGGACCUGCUAUUGAUCCCAUCUUGCCUGUCCACUCUGGUCCACUCAAUUUGGCCAGCACAGCUAUUGUGUGUUAUGGCCCAGUGUCCUCUCCUCCAUCUCCCUCUACUCCCUCUCCACACGCUGUCUCCCAGUGUCCCCUUGCAAGGCCUGGAGGCCCGGGUUCACCUGGUGGUUCUGGCUCCGGCAAUGCAGCCAGCAGGGUGUUCUGGAGGAGGUGUACCGAAGCAGGCUGUACAGAGUCCAUCUUCACCACCUUCAUCUCUGACAUGGUCGGCAUCUCCAAGAGGAUCCUGUCAGAUCAGGCCAGUCAGGAGGAUUAUGAUCUCUCUCUGAGAGUGAUUGAGGCCUCUGGAAAAUUAUCACAGAUGCUUUCACAGCAGGAGAGAGAGUUUAAGAAGAAGCAAAGGGAGCUACAGAGAGCUACGGCAGCCAUAAGAGAAGCCAGGUCAGCCCUGAAAAGAUGAGCGGCACUGCCAGAAAUUACAGCCUUCAAAGUUCAAAUCACCUUUCCUCAUUUAUAUUUAUCAUUUGAUUUCUCAAUGUUUUUUGAAAAAACUUGUUCUGCUUUCUUAUCAUAAUACCAAACACAUAACCUAAUCUUAUAUUACUACCGUGUUUUAUAUCUAGUAGAAGCAAUUGUCAAACAAGAAGAGGCUGGCUUUUUCACUUGCCAGAAAAGGGACUUUAUAGCUUCACCAAUGUAAAAAAAAAUAAUGUACACUACAAGUCAAGUUUGGACAUGCCUACUCAUUCAAGGGUUUUUCUUUAUUUGUACUAUUUUUUGGGGGGGGGGGGAUUAUUAUUUUUUGUAGAAUAAUAGUGAAGACAUCAACUAGGAAAUAACGUAUGGAAUCAUGUCGUAACCAAAAAAGUGUUAAACAAAUCAAAAUAUAUAUUUUAGAUUCUUCAAAGUAGCCACCCUUUGCCUUGACAGCUUUGUACACUCUUGGCAUUCUCUCAGCCAGCUUCACCUGGAAUUCUUUUCCACCAAACUUGAAGGAGUUCACACAAAAGCUGAGCACUUGUUGGCUGCUUUUCCUUCACGCUCCGUUUCAACUCAUCCCAAACCAUCUCAAUUGGAUUGAGGUCAGGUGAUUGUGGAGGCCAAGUCAUCUGAUGCAGCACUCCAUCACUCUCCUUCUUGGUCAAACAGCCUGAAGGUGUGUUGGGUCAUUGUCCUGUUGGAAAAACAAAUGAUAGUCCCACUAUGCACAAACUAGAUGGGAUGGCGUAUCGUUGAAGAAUGCUGUGGUGGCCAUGCUGGUUAAGUUGCCUUGAAUUCUAAAUAUAUCACUGACAGUGUCACCAGCAAAGCACCAUCACAUUCUUCACAGUGGGAACCACACAUGCGGAGAUCAUCCGUUCACCUACUCUGCGUAUUACAAAGACGAUAGCUGUUGGAACCAAAAAUCUCACAUUUGGACUAAUCAGACCAAAGGACAAAUUUCCACUGGUCUAAUGUCCAUUGCUCGUGUUUUCUUGGCCCAAGCAAGUCUCUUCUUAUUAUUGGUGUCCUUUAGUACUGGUUUCUUUGCAGCAAUUCAACCAGGAAGGCCUGAUUUUACACUGUCUCCUCUGAACAGUUGAUGUUGAGAUGUCUGUUACUUGAACUCUGUGAAGCAUUAAUUUGGGCUGCAAUCUGAGGUGCAGUUAACUCUAAUGAACUUAUCCUCUACAGCAGAGGUAACACUGGGGUUUCCUUUUCUGUGGCGGUCCACAUGAGAGCCAGCUUCACCAUAGCUCUUUAUGAUUUUUGUGACUGCACUUGAAGAAACUUUGAAAGUUCUUAAUGUUCUGCAAUGAGGGACUGUUGUUUCUCUUAGAUGAUUUGGGCUGUACUUGCCAUAAUAUGGACUUGGUCUUUUACCAAAUAGGGUUAUCUUCUGUAUACCACCCCUACCUUGUCACAACACAGCUUAUUGUCUCAAAUGAAUUAAGGAAAGAAAUUCCACAAAUUUAGCUUUUAACAACCAUACCUGUUAAUUGAAAUGUAUUCCAAGUGACUAUCUCAUGAAGCUGGUUGAGAGAAUGCAAGGAGUGUGCAAAGCUGUCAUCAACUUAAAGGGUGGCUUACUUUGAAUAAUCUCAAAUAUAAAAUAUAUUUUGAUUUAACACUUUUUUGGUUACUACAUGAUUCCAUGUUAUUUCAUAGUUUUGAUAUCUUCACUAUUUUUCUACAAUGUUAGGAAAUAGUAAAAAUAAAGAACCCUGGAAUGAGUAGGUGUCUUGACUGGUACUUAAUAAAAAUAUAUAUUUUCCCCUAACCCUACCACCUCUCUCCUAAUUGGAGUAAAGUAAUGAACAAUAACC